AUGAAUCAAAAUGGGCCAGAUAGUAGAUCGGUUCAAACUGAGUCUCCAGAGCGCGCCACAGAGGAGGCCAACUGUAUGAAUAUUUCACCGCGAGACAAGGAGGCUGGACAGAAACACGAAGUUGGAAGGCGUCAUCGGCCACUUUCCUCGCGAAAUAUUCCCUGUGGACUCAUUUCCGAGCCUCAACGAGUGGUGGCUGAGAUUAGUGGUGAAUUCUCGCCUGCUGAAGGGGGCGAACUUAAAAUUCCUGAACAUGGUGUUGAGCUUUCUAUACCUCCUGGGGCUAUUCCAGAUGAUGGUAAUGGAGAAAAACAGGAGAUUUACCUUAGGGUCUACGAAGGUACAAAUCGUAAAGUGGGAGAAGAAGAGCAAGAUUUAGAAAAGAAAUCGCAUAUUGUCAGUCCUGUGAUAAUGUGCGGACCUCGCGGACUUCGAUUUCAAAAGCCAAUUAAACUCACAAUGCCACGCUUUCAUACCCACAGUGGUGGCCCAAGUGAACCAGAAGUUUCAAAGCAGUACGUCGAGGAAGGCAAAGCUCACCAAUCAGCAUCUUCUUCGUCUUCUUGGAGUUUAAGAGUGCUGCAUGCAGCAACUCAAUCAGACGCAAUUACAACAUCAGCUUCCGCAUCUGCAUCUGAGUCGGAAAUGCGUUCGCAUGCAUUGCGUCAAUGGAGAACUGUUCGACCACCACUCUCUAACAUUAUUGAACCAGCGGAUUCUUCUUCCAAACCUACUGUAGCCUCAGCUCCGCCGCUUAGACAAUUAAGCGGAACAGAGAGCGAUAGUAGUGGAGCUGCAAUCACUUACAAAGUUGCGGAAUCAUUCAUCUCCCUCCUAAUUGAUCACUUCUAA